AAUGCUAAAAGCGUCUACCAAACGCUGUCAAUUGCUCAUAACAGAGCGGAAGAGGCGAAGUGAGAUAUUUAAUUCUAGCCAAAAUCAACCCAAUGCGUUUCUAAUGGGCUUAUUUUUGGAACUUAACUUGUAGUGUGCCUUUCAGCCUUUGGGACAAUGACUCUCAUUGUUAGGGCGGAGACAUGAGCGUCUCGUCAUUAUAUAAAACAUAUCUGCUUAUGAGCAUGGGAUAAAUCUCUUGAUGAAUCAUACAUACCCUUACCUCGGUGUGACUGGAGCAUUUUCCUCCGAAUUAAAAGGCAACGUUUGGCUUCAAUCUCUUAACUUUUAAAAGUGUUGAAUUACAACUAUUUGCAACCAAAUGAAGCGGUAUGUUUUUCUGGGUGUUCUUUCGAUGUAUUACCUCCAGGUGUCAAGCUCGAGCUCUGCCGCGCACGGGUGUUUCUGCCAGGUGACCGGUAGCUUGGAUGACUGCGCUUGUGAUGUGGAGACAAUUGAUGCCUUCAACAAUGAGCGACUCUUCCCCAAACUUCAGAAGCUGCUUGAGUCCGACUAUUUCAGGUUUUAUAAGGUGAACCUGAAUAAGCCAUGUCCAUUCUGGACAGACAGUGGCCUCUGUGGGCAAAAUAACUGUGCCGUGAUCCCAUGUCCACCAAAUGAGGUUCCAGAGGGAAUCAAAACAAAUGGCCAUCACAAUAAGUACUCGGCUGAAGCAAACAACCAGGAGUGUGAGAAGGCUGAGACGCUUGGAGCAGUGGACAGCUCCCUCAGUAAGGAGACCAGACAGGCCCUCCUGGAAUGGAACAAGCAUGAUGACGAGGCAGAGCGAUUCUGUGUGAUUGAUGAUGAGGAGUCUCCUGAUUCCCAGUACGUGGAUCUACUGCUAAAUCCAGAGCGCUUCACUGGAUACAAGGGGCACGAGGCCUGGCAAAUCUGGAACAGCAUCUAUGAGGAGAACUGCUUCAAACCAUACACUGUGAAGCGACCUCUAAAUCCUAUGGCAUCUUACAGUGGAACUGACGGGAAGACAUUUUACAGUUGGCUGGAUGGCCAGUGUGUGGAAAAGAGGGCUUUCUUUAGGCUCGUCUCUGGGCUCCACUCUAGCAUCAACAUACACCUGAGUGCCCGGUACCUCCUAGAUGACAACUGGUUCCAGAAGAAGUGGGGUCACAAUGUCUCUGAGUUCCAACAACGUUUCGAUGCCCAGCUGACCAACGGCGAGGGCCCAAAGAGGCUGCGCAACCUCUACUUCCUCUACCUGAUCGAGCUGCGUGCCCUGGCCAAAGUCCUGCCUCUUCUCCAGCGCCCCUCCUUCCAGCUGUACACUGGCCAAUCCACCCAGGACCGACAACACAAACGCGUGCUCCUAGAGCUCCUCCAGGUGGCCAAGUCUUUCCCUUUGCACUUUGACGAGACGUCUCUGUUUGCUGGGAAUAAGGAGGAAGCUGCCAAUCUCAAGGAGGAUUUCAGGCUGACCUUCCGCAACAUCUCCAGGAUCAUGGACUGUGUGGGCUGCUUUAAGUGCAGGCUCUGGGGCAAACUACAGACUCAGGGGUUAGGCACAGCCCUGAAGAUCUUGUUUUCCGAGCGACAGAUCGAGGCUCUGCCCAAAUCCAGCAGCGCCCGGCUCACUUUCCAGCUCAGUCGCCAAGAGAUAGUGUCUCUCCUCAAUGCCUUUGGAAGGAUUUCAACCAGCAUCAGAGAGUUGGAGAACUUCCGAUCACUGCUGUCUAAGAUGGCAUUGCAGUCAGACGUCCUGUGUCCUCGUCUUGUCGUGUCCUGUGUAAAUGCACUGCUCAGAAAAAUAAAGGGAACACUAAAAUAACA